UCCCGUCCCUGCUCGGCGCUGCCGGAAGCGGGGCGGUGAUGGCGGCGCGGCGGCGCUGAGCGGCUCCGCCAUGGCCGAGCUGGCGGCGGCAGCGGAGGGGCCGCCGCGGGGCCGCACGCCCAGCCCGGGCCCUGGGGGAGCGCCGGGGCCGCCCAGCCCCCGUGCGGCCGGAGCGGCGGCGGGCUCCGGUGGGGCGCUGUCCCCGCCCGGCGCGGCCCGGCCGCCCGCCGCCGCCUCCAAGUGGGUCCGGCUGAACGUCGGCGGCACGUACUUCGUGAGCACCCGGCAGACGCUGUGCCGAGAGCCCAAGUCCUUCCUGUGCCGCCUCUGCUGCCAGGACGGGCCCGAGCUCGGCUCCGACAAGGAUGAGACAGGGGCGUAUCUCAUCGAUAGAGACCCCACCUAUUUUGGUCCAAUACUGAACUACCUCCGACACGGGAAGCUCAUCAUAAACAAGGAGCUUGCAGAGGAAGGGGUACUGGAAGAAGCUGAGUUUUACAACAUUGCAUCUCUCGUGCGGCUGGUGAAGGAGCGGAUACGGGACAACGAGAACAGAACCUCUCAAGGACCUGUGAAGCAUGUGUACAGAGUCCUGCAGUGCCAAGAGGAAGAGCUCACACAGAUGGUGUCCACUAUGUCCGAUGGGUGGAAGUUUGAACAGCUGAUCAGCAUUGGAUCUUCCUAUAACUACGGAAACGAAGACCAGGCAGAAUUCCUCUGCGUUGUGUCCAGGGAGCUCAACAAUUCUACCAAUGGUAUUGUCAAGGAGCCGAGCGAGAAGGCAAAGAUUCUUCAGGAGCGAGGAUCCCGGAUGUAAUUCCAGCAUUCACUCCGUUAACACUCCCAGAUGUCAAAGGGCAGCCCAGCUGGGCAGAGCGCCUCUCCGCAGUGCAACCUUGCCCUUGUACAGUAACCAAGCUAAUGCAAAGCAAAGCCGAGCCUGUCCUGCCAAUGGUGAAUAAUUCUGGUCAUAACCAAAGGCUUCCCUCUUACCCUGGAAACCUGGGAAGGAAGAGACUCUUCCAGUGGGAUGGUCCUUUCCACAAGUAUUUGGUUUAUUUCCUUGGCCAGCACUGUAUUGAGUUUCUCCACCAGCCGGAUUCCCAGUCAGAGCCUUUGUGAAGGUUGCUCAGGUCCACAGGCCCUUGUGAUCAGUCCCACCUUCCACAGGCUGGUGCCGGUGGGACGAUCUGUGUUUGAGCUGUGCCAUUCCUUGCACCCAGGGCUGCCACUAGAAAAGCGCAGGGACCUGGCAGUGCUCCCCCUCCUGAUCAGCCAGAUCCCCCCCCCAAAAUCAGAACAGGGCUUUGAAAGGAGGAACAAAACAACCACUCGUAAAAAAAACCCACCCAGACUUUUCCAUUCUUGCUUUGUAUUUGUUCCUUGUUCAAUUCCUAAGAGCUAAGUUUAGAUACUAAGGGGAGGGGAGUUGUGUGUACACCUUACGUGGGUCUCACUGGUAACACUAUUACAUAUGGGCUCCUGGUGUUUCCCAAAGCCCAUUACUUCGCAUGCAUAAACAGAGACCUGUGUUCACCCAGAGUAGUGGUAGAGUGAUAGUUGUCCUUCACGCUUCUCUACUGCAGAGGAGCAGUGACAUCUUCCCCAUCCAGCACCCUGCCACGGCCAUAUCUUAGCCUGGUGCAAAGUCACAAGGUUAGGGACUUCUUGCUGCCAAGUUCAGCUUUGCCUUGUUUGUCUCCAGCAGCGUGGGCUCUCUGUCUCCUUCCUUCUCACCGAGGGAGGGCUUCAGGCAGAAUCUCUUUUGUACUGUAGCAAGCAGGUAGGUUUGUUUUCACCCAUGAGAUCCUUCGCGGAGGAGAUCCCCUACUUCCACGCGGUGAUUUACCUGCAGCCCCCUCAUGUCCCCACCUUUAGGAGAUCACCUCAAAUUAUAGAGGGGCAGCACAGAAUUGGGGUUGGGAGGGAGGGGGGGUUGGUGAAAAGUUGCCAAACUGUUGUAAUGUUUCUUGUCCAAAGUGAUGUGUCAACUUCUGUGACUUUUCUUUCCUUAUUUUGUUUUGAAUGCCUUGGAUGGAUGUGCAAAAUGUUCGUUUGUGCCUCUCUUGAGUUCUGAUCUUAGCCAAACUGCAGUCACUGGUUCCCCUCUGUUAACCUGUGCCAUCCCUAACCAAGGGCAUGUCCCUCCUAGUCUGGUAAAUGGAAUUACUUAGCAAUUUGCUGCAUGUUUUUCCCCCCCCUUCAUCCUGGCUUUGUUCUUUGUAGCCCAAGGGUCCAGGCACUUGGGUCUCUUUGAGUCAAGUCCCAAACUGAUGUGAAGCACUCCAGAGAUGCUGGAAUUCACAGACAUUGACAAGCUCAGAGCAGUUGGUUCUCAAUAAGGUAUCAGAAGAUUCCUCACCUGGACUGAGGAGUUGGGCUCCUUUCUGGAGGACUUCAGCUACCUGUGGUCUCCUUAAAGCUUUGAGAUAGAAUUAGGCAGGUUUCCCAUCUUAUCACUUGUUGCUGACAGGGCCUUGCAGCAGCGUUACCGAUGGUUCAAUGACCAGUUCAGCAGACAAGACAUGCAGUAAGGACACCAAGCGACACCACUGCACUCUGCCUCUUCCCAGUGCUCCUGUAUGCACUCUUGCCUGUCCCCUCCCAUCCUGCUUUGCCAACAUACGUCCUUCGGUGGAGGCUUUGCCUCAUUCUCAAGAAAGGUUUAUUCUCUGUGCUACUUUAAUCCUGGUAACAACAGACUGUGCCAAAUGUCUUUGAAGUCACCUCGUGUCACUUACAGGCUGUUGAAACGCAGCUGGCUUGCCAUCAUGCUGAAGAACCCAGCUCCUCCUCUGCCCUCCAACUUCCCUGUUUAUAACGUGGUGAGAUGGUAUUGGUGUGAUUAGACCAUACGCCUUGGCUGGGCCUAAAUAACACUGUGAUGUGUAUAGAGAUCUUUCCUCUGUCACUAUCUUGUAGCCUCGCUCAUUGUCCGUCUGUGCUCACAGCUAGGAAAUCAAGAAGCACACGUAAGCAAGUUAGCAGCCUAAAAAAGCCCUUUAACACUCUCAUCUAUCUUCUUUCCCUUCCUCAGAGGAGGGAGUUUCUGGGAACUGAUCAAGAAAUCCCAAACUAAAGGCAACAGGAACUGGUCAAGCUGCUUUUGUCACGUCAAUGCCAGUUGAGCACCUUGCUGUUCAAGCCAUGGAGCUCAAAGCAGAGGGAGGCUUUCUGUCCAGUACAGCUCAAGUAGAUAACAGUGACACAUCCAUGCUUGUUUGUAUCACCAGAAAUGCCAUCCAUGGGGAAGCCCACCAGAGGAUUGCCUGAUACAAGAGUGAUGCCAUCAGUCCCCGAUCUGAGCCACAGAGAGCCUAAAAGUUACCAUUGCCAGCUAACAGAAGAGCUGUUUUAUUCACGUGCACAAGAAAGACUUUCAAAGUUGCAUCUUGCUUUUCCCUUCCAUGCUGCUUUCUUCAGUGAGGAUGUGCCAGGGGAUUGAAGACUCUGGGUUCAAUUGCAGGGUCUUUAAACUCAACCAACCAAGUUUAUGGUAGGAGACCAAUCGGUACGGGACACUUGAGUUCUUGGGUGAUAUUUAUGACCAGGUAUGAAGUCCAUCCAGAGCAGGUACAUUCCCAGGAGGAUUUCUGCUUUCCCAGCUGUGCUUGGUCACCUUUACCCUAAGACCAAGGCUGGUCUCAGCAUUAUGCACCAGUUGCAUCCCUUCCGUGCUCAAGACAGGGCUUUUCCUUCCAUUGCCUUUCACUCAGUCACAACUAUAUCAAAACAUAUUAGGCUGAAAUCUGUCCCAUUCACUCCAAAACAGGUAGCGUGUUGUGGUGAGUAGGGUAGGUGAGCAGGGGUAGAUCUACUGGAUAUCUCAAAGAGUGCUUGUGCCUCUUGGGAAGGUUCAUGUUCAAGUAUGAAUCCUGGCAACGGCGAGGACGACACUUUGGGUUUUAAACAAACUUUCCCAGUGGCCUAAAAUUGUUCCUUUAUGGCAAGACUGGAAAUAACCUCUCGAAGUGUCUUUGUCUCUGCACAUUUUUAAACACAAAGCGGUUUUACUCAGGGGUGACUGAGUGGGCUGAGGCAGAGGGGGCCCGGGGGGGGGCUGCGGGGCGCUGGGCCGUGGGCUCCUCACCUUUACCUGCGAACCCGGAGGUUUUGUACAGUUUGUGUCAGUGCCCUUUGCUACCGGUUCUCUUUGGUUAUUAAAUGUGUUUGAAUAACAGGUGAGAUGCUGUGAGUGAUUGACUGAGUUCUUGUUUUUCAAAUAAAGAUUCAGAAAUGGGUUUGAAACGUU